GUAAUCUUUAUUAUUUUGCUAAUUUCAAAUCCUAAUGUACUAACACCCCGCAAUGUCUUUUCGACAAUAUUCAGCUCAUAAUGAGUUGGUAAGUAAAAGUAUUUUUGAAGCAGCUUGGGAGGCAUGGAACAAGCAGGACUGGAAAAAUUGCAAUUAGCAAAAGUUAUUGGAGAAGUAGAUGAACAAGGAAAUGGCCUAAUUGCACUGUAUGGUCUAAGCGGUCAUAGGUAUAAAGUUAAUUAUAACGCUUUAUCUGGAGUUGUAAGUUUAUAUUUUAAUAUUGUAGCGUGUGAUCCAAAAACAAUGUUUCUAAAGUAAACAUGACCGACAGAAUUGUGAAUAAUCCGUCAUGCGUGAUUUUUCCAUGGUUUAGAAACAUUUUUAUAUUUAACAUAACAUAUAAACGGUUUAUUUUUAAAUGCACUUAUAUUUUACAGGCUUACAUUAUUGGGGCGAAAACUGGAAAAGUUUUGUAUGUUUUUUUUUAAAAGUAAGUUUUGUCCUAUCUGUGCUCGAGCUUUAACUAAAAACAUAAAAGCUGCAACUCAUAAAUGUUCAAAAAAUUGGGAUGGUUGGUCGACUUCUAUGGAAUCGGAACUAAUUUUAAAAGGAUUCCGUAAUAGUAUAAAAAUGCACAAAUUAAAGUAUGUAAAAAUUAUUGGCGAUGGAGACAGCAGUGUUUACCAAAAAAUUUGCUUAGAGAGACCCUACGAAAAAACAAUGGUCCGCAAAGUAGAAUGCAUAAACCAUCUUUUCAGGAAUUAUUACACAAAUUUGCGUGAUCUUGCGGAAAAAAAUACAGUUCAAAAAAAAAAAAAAAAAUAGUAAGUCAAGGACUAAAAAAAGAUAAAAUAACUAAUUUAAAUAAAAUUUAUGACUUUUACUAAUUUAUAAAAUAAAAUAAACAAGAAAAAAAAAAAAGAAAACCAAUUUGCUAUUAUUUAUAGAUUCUACACAAAAAUAAUUCAUUUUAAUGUAUACGGACAAUUAGUUUAACAGAAUUGUCACUUAUUUAAAAUUUCAAAAAUAAUAGCAGUCGGUUGACCAAAAUAUGAACUAUGAUUGGUGGAUUUCAUUUUUUUGCAGUGUUCUCACUGCCUAGAAUGGCUAUGAAAUAUAUUCGUUCAGCUGAACACAAUAGCAUACUUUUUCGUUUAGUAGCCUGUGCGUAGAUAAGCUAGUGUCCAUGUGGGUGUAGAAAAAUGUAUUUUUCCUCAGUAACAAAGGGCUAUUAUUUAAGUUGUACUUGGGUAGACUUAUUGGAAUAUUAGGGACCCCAUUGACAGAGAUAAAAUUUAUUAAAAUCGAUUUAACAUUUUAUUAAAACAGUUUCAUUUGCAAAUUUGCAUACAUUCUUCUCUUUUUCCUAUAAAAAAUUUUCGUAUUUCAAGUUCGCUGCGCUUUCUGAAAUCUAAUCAUUCUGGAAGAAUACAUUCAAAAUAAAGUAUUUCCAACUUCAAAUAGCUACCAUCUCAUACAUUUAAAUUUAU